CGAUAGUUAUCGACAUUAUCGAGUGCGCCCUAUCUUGCCGAUAGCAAAACAAUAACAAAAAUAAACAUAAAACAUAAACAUAAACAAACACGAGAACGUCGAAACUAAACGACGCAAUGGGUUUUCCGCGGAUCCUUAGCAAGAACAACAAGAUUUACACGAAGCUUGGCGAGUUCUGUUUGUCAGGGGACAGCUUUUGGAUUGUUUGCCAUACGUGUCAGGAGGAGCUGCAGACACAAGAUCAGUUUUGGAAGCACAUACAGGAUGAGCACAACUUUCUGCAUGGGGUGGCCAAGGAGCACAAUCGGACCUCCAGCUACUGUCUCACAGAUGUGGAGGCUGCGGCGGCGGCGACCACUCCAGGUGGCAGCUCCCAGCAGGCCGCAACUGCGCUUAGUGUGCCCCUUGCCCUUUAUCACUGCACCACUAAGUACUCCGAGGAGGAGCAUCGUGAGGUGGACCUGCACGAACAGCAGGUUCAAGUACAACAGCAAGUGCAACAACAGGUACAACAGCAACAGCAGACGCAACAGCAGGCGCACCAGCAACAGCAAGCCCAGCAGCAUCAGCGAGAUGUAGCCAAGGAGCUGGCCGAACUACACGCAGCCACAGCUGGCGAGGAAGGCACCCGUAGCAACAGUGGCAUCGACAUCAAGAUAGAGCCUGCCAGUCUUACACUUACACCCGAAAUGCAAGCUGCUGCAGCGGGUGGCGGGACCAUUUACCAUUUACCACAGUUAGUGCCUGCACCUGGUCCGCCCCCGCCUCCUACGUCAGGAUUUGUGAGUGUCAGCGCCAGCACCAGCACAUCCAAUACGGUCAGCACGACGCCGCCCAAUGUGCUCCAUCAACAACAGCAGCAGCAAAUCAAUAUGUCUGUCGUUCCUUCAACGGCAAUGGCUGCCGCCUUGCUGGCCGCAAGUCAAGAGCAGUUGCCUAAGGACUCCAACAGCACGACCGCAAGCGCCGGGAGCGCAGUGUCCUCGGAUGACGGAGAACGCUGGUACGUCUGCGACUAUGAAACGUGCGGUCUGAAGUUUAAGUAUAAGUCCAGAAUGGAGCUGCAUCGGGUGGUACAUAGCAAGGAGCGUCGGUUUAAUUGUGAACUCUGCACUGCCUCCUUUAAGCAGUCGUGCAACCUCUCUACGCAUCGAAAAAAAAAACACGCGCUUAGGGGUAUCAAAAACGAGAUACUACCGCAGCGCUUUUAGGUUGUAGAUUAUAUAAGCCCAGCCUUUAGGUACCCCAAUAAUCAUUUUUUUUUAGCUCACUGCAAUGCGAAUCAGGUAAUAGGACUAACUGUAUGAUGCCAACUCUCAUAAACCCUGUCCGACUAAUUCGAAUAAGUUUAUAAGGAUUGCAACCCUAACGAACUUGCAUGCCUGCCACACGACUUACAAUGUAUAAACCUUUUUAUGAAGGCUUUUAAAAAAUUAAAAAACUAAAAAAUUACGAUUGUAAAUUUAAAACUUUGUCACUGUAACUUUUGUGGCCGGCAAGCGGUGAGCCUAAAAUUAAAAAAAUAUAUAUAUAUUGUUAAUAUAACUGUUAAUUAGGUGGCCAAGGUAUACAUACAUACAUACAUAUAUAUAUGUCUAUAUAUAUAUCUAUAUAUAUACGUAUGUAUCUAAUGUAGGCUUAGUUUUCUUGUAAAUGUAAAACUAAGAUUUUUAGCGGGGUUAUGUUAACCUCCCAUUAGCUUUUAUGCUCUACAUGGCAUAUACAUCUUACUUGGGAAGACUUACAAAUCUAUAUACAUUUUCGGGACUCUUAGACAGAAAAAUUUCUUGGUGUCCAACAAUUUUUAAUGUUUCUGAUGUAGUAGAAAUUUGCUCAGAUUUUAAAGAAUAUUAUUUCUUAACUCUUGGUCUGUUUUCUGGUCCUUAUGGAAAGCUAAAAGUACACAGGUUUCAAACCUAAAGAAAUAGGUCAAAAAAUUUGGUGUAAACGCAAACUUUUCGAUUAACAUGAAGUCGGGGAAAUUAUCCUAGGUUGAACAGAAAGAUCCCGAGAUUUUACUAUGGGCUGCAUUUUGGCUCAAAUAAAUAUCUGGAAUACUCUGAGUACCGGCUAAGUCAGUGCCAGUUGCAGUUAAGCAGGUUAGUCUACGUUAGUUGUUCAUUUGUAUAAAUAUACACAUACAAAUGUUCUGAAUUUGGUACAUCUGCCAGAAGAUCAGUCAAUCAAACGCAACCAACAACAGAUACUCUAAUCAAACACGAAAAUACAUAAAGAACACCACACAAAUUUAA